ACUUGUCAUCUAUCAUAUCCCCACCUGAGUCACACACACCAACAUACAUAAUGACUGACUCUGAAAUUGCCAUUGGAAUCGAUCUCGGUACCACAUACUCAUGUGUGGCCGUGUGGCAAAAUGACAAGGUUGAAAUUAUUGCCAACGACCAGGGAAACCGAACUACCCCAUCAUUUGUUGCCUUCACUGAUGAGGAGCGCAUCAUUGGUGACUCCGCGAAGGGUCAGGGUGCCAUGAACCCCCACAACACAGUAUUCGACGCCAAGCGUCUUAUUGGACGCCGAUUCGAUGACCCUUCGGUAAAGAAGGAUCUUGAGCAUUUCCCAUUCACUGUUGUGGAGAAGGACACUAAGUGUGCCAUCGAGGUUCAAUACAAGGGCGAGAAGAAGACCUUCCAGCCCGAGGAGAUCUCCGCUGCCGUGCUUACCUCUAUGAAGGAGACUGCCGAGUCUUACCUUGGCAAGAAGGUUAGCAAGGCUGUCAUCACUGUACCCGCAUAUUUCAACGAUUCUCAGCGUCAGGCUACCAAGGACGCAGGUGCCAUCGCUGGUCUAGAGGUUCUUCGUAUCAUCAACGAGCCUACCGCCGCUGCUGUUGCCUACGGUCUUGAUAACAAGAAUGAGCAGAAGGGUGAGCGCACCGUGCUUAUCUUCGAUCUUGGAGGUGGUACCUUCGAUGUGUCUCUACUAACCAUUGAUGGUGGUGUGUUCACUGUCAAGGCCACUGCUGGAGAUACCCACUUGGGUGGUGAGGAUUUCGAUGACCGUCUGGUUAACCACUGCAAGGAGCUUUUCAAGCGAAAGCAUGGAAAGGAUCUAGGUGAUAACGCACGUGCACUUCGUCGUCUGCGUUCCGCUUGCGAGCGCGCAAAGAGAACUCUAUCAUCCAUGACCCAGACCCUAAUCGAGGUCGAUGCUCUUGAUGAUGGAAUUGACUUCAGCACCAAGAUCACUCGCGCUAAGUUCGAGGAGCUUUGUAACGACCUUUUCGUAGGUUGCUUGAAGCCUGUCGAGCAGGUUCUUAAGGAUGCCAAGAUCGAGAAGAUCGCUGUGGAGGAUGUUGUACUUGUUGGUGGUUCCACUAGAGUACCCAAGAUUCAGUCUCUGCUUCAGGACUUCUUUGACGGAAAGGCCCUGUGCAAGUCCAUCAACCCCGACGAGGCUGUUGCUUACGGUGCCGCCGUUCAGGCUGCCGUGCUUACCGGCAUGUCAUCAGCUGCCACACAAGAUUUGCUUCUACUUGAUGUCACACCACUAUCUCUUGGUAUUGAGACCCAGGGAGGUCUUAUGUCAGUUGUUGUUCCCCGCAACAGCACCGUACCCACCAUCAAGACAAGUGUGUUCACCACAACGGAGAACAACCAGACCACAGUUGAGUUCCCCGUAUAUGAAGGAGAGCGAACACUCACAAAGGACAACAACUUGCUUGGUCAAUUCACUCUUGGUGGAAUUGCUCCUCAGCCCGCAGGAACACCGGAGUUGGAGGUAAUCUUCAACAUUGACGCUAACGGUAUCAUGAACGUUACUGCCAAGGAUCGUAACUCUGGAAAGACCGCUAACAUCGUUAUCAAGAACAACGCCGGACGUCUUAAUGCCACUGAUAUAGAGCGCAUGAUUAGCGAAGCUGAGAAGUUCUCGAAACAAGAUGAGAAGAAGAAGGAGCAGAUCCAGUCAUCACUCGUUAACGACUUAUCCAACUUCCAAUUCUAAAGUGGGCCCUCCUUCACUCAUUCCGUCAACUGUAAAUAUUAAAUACUUGCCCUAUGUAAGGGUAUGAUGAGAGACAACCAUUUUAGUUAUCCUGUGGAAAUAGUUCAGUCUGGAACAAAGCACGGGUCUUAGGAACGAUUUUGUUUACGAUAAUAAAACGAUUUUGUUCAACAAACCAAUACUAUAAUUGGAGGUUUUGUAUUGUCUUUCAUUGAAGGGGUUGACGUUUGCAUGU